UGGGCCGUGCUGGCCCGCCUGCGCUGGCCAUGGACCUCGCGCACCUGGGCUCCUCGCCUGCGGCCAGGGACGUCGGCCGGCUGGGGCCGGCCUCCCCAGCGUCCGGCGCCGCGCGCCCGGGUCCGACAUUGCUGGCCUCGGACCGCUCGUCGCCGGGAGCGCCGCCGCCGCCCAGGGGCCCCUCGCGCCCUGGGCCGAGCUCCCCAGCCUCCGGCAUGAGCCGACCAGGCUCCUCCCUUUCGGCGCCGGACGCCGUCGAGUCCGGCCCGCUGUCUCCGCCGCGCAGCUCCGCGAGGCCUGGCCCGUCCACCCCGGCCUCGGGCGUGACCAGCCCGGCCCCGCCGCCGCCCGCCCCGGACCGCGUGCACCCGGGCGCGGCUCCGCCGGUGCGCAGCAUGCUGCGACCCGGGCCCACGACGCCAGCCUCGGACAGCGCGCAUUUGGGCCCGCCUCCGCCGCCGCGGAGCCUCGCGCGGCCGGGCAGCAGCCCGUCGCUCUUCGGCAUGACGCGCUCUGGCUUGGGGGCGUUUGCGCUCGACUCCUUGCACCCAGGGCCGAGUCUGCCGCUGCGUAGCUCCGCGGCCUCGGGGCCGAUGCUGUCCGCCUCCGGGUCUUCGCGCUGCGGCAGCCCCCCGCCAGCCCUGGACACGCUGCACCCGGGGGCCUCGCCGCCCCCACGGGCGCUUUCGCGGCUGGGCCCCACCUCCUCGGCCUCUGGCAGCACCCGCCCAGGGCCGCCACCGCCAUCGCCGGAUGCCGUCACCACAGGUCCCUCCCCGUCGCUGCAGUCGCCCGCCCGCCCUGGCCCCUCGGCGCUGGCGCUGGACCACCUGGCCUUGGGGUCCGCGCCCCCGCUCCGCAGCCCCGGGCGGCCGGGGCCUCCACCCCCAGCGACAGACCCCACGCUGUUCGGCCCAGCGCCGCUGGUGCGCAGCCUCGCACGCCCAGGCUCCACUGCGCUGCCCUCUGGCAUCUCCCGCUCUGAAGCGCCGCCGCUGGCGCCCGACCUCACGCACAUGGGGCCCGCUGCGCCAGCUCGGAGCUCCACGCGCCCGGGCUCCCCGGCGCUGGUUCCCGACCCCGCUCGCUCUGGCCUUUUGCCGCCCAUGCGGUCCCACAGCCGCUCUGGGCCCACUGCGCCGGCUUCCGGCAUCAUCAGGUCUGGUCUUUCCCUGUUGGCACUGGACAUGGUCAGCCUAGCCUCCAGCCUGUUGGUGCGGAGCCACGUGCGCCUUGGGCCGUACUCCCCGGCCUCCAGCGAUUCUCGCUUGGGCUCAUGCCUGCUGGCACUGGACUCCACCAACUCUGGCCCGGCCACCUCCGCGCGAAGCCACGCGCGUCUGGGCUCGUCGUCGUUGGCGUCUGACUACGGGCACCCAGGCCCUUGCCCGCCCUUGCGGAGCCACGCGCGGCCUGGGCCGACCUCCUCAACCUUCCAGACGUCGUACCUCGGGCCGACGCCGCCAGCCCUGGACCCCGUGAGCCCUGGCAGCCCGCCGCCCUCGCGGAGCCCCGCGCGGUCGGGAAGCCCGACCCCCCUGUACGGCCUGCAGAGGUUAGGCCCGCCCCUGCCCGCGCUGGACUUCGCGGCCACGGGCCCCCCGGUGCCGCUGAGGUCGCCCAUGCGCCCAGGCCCGCCCACCUCCGCGUACGGCUGCGUGCGGCCCGGUCCGCCGUCGCCGUCAUCCGACCACCUCUAUUCCGGCCCGGCGCCGCCGGCGCGCUGCUCGGCGAGGACGGGCUCGACCUCCUCGGCCUCCAGCACCAUGCGCCUCGGGCCGACCACCUCGGCGCCAGAUCCCACGUCGCCCGGCCCGCCGCCGCCGCCGCGGAGUGCUGCGCGCCCCGGCUCGCCCACCUCCUCGUACGGCCUGAACCGCCUGGGGCCUCCCUCGCCGGCGCCCGACCUCGUGCACACGGGCCCGACCGCGCCGCCCAGGAGCCCUUCACAGCCUGGGCCGUCAGCGCCAUCAUAUGGGCUGACUCGGUCGGGUAGCCCGCUGCCGGCGUCUGACUCCUUGGUCCUCGGGCCGCCUCCGCCGCCGCGGUCCUCUGCGAGAGUUGGCCCAGCCUUCCCGCUUUUUGGGACCGCUCGGACGGGUUCGACCCCGCCCGCGCUGGACCACGUACAGCCCGGCCCGCCGCCGUUGCUGCGGAGUGCGGCCCACCUGGGCGCGCCGCCGUUGGCGCCCGACCCCUUGCACCUGGGUCCGCCGACACCGCUCCGCAGCACCUCGAGGUUGGGUUCGCCAACAUCAGUCCUGGACUCCCUGCACCCUGGCCCAGCGCCGCUGUCGCGGAGCCUCUCGCAGGCUGGGCCGGCGACCUCGCUCUCUGGGCAGUUAAGGGUUGGCGCGCCACCGCCUUCGCUGGAGCACGUCAGCUUCGGCUCCCCGCUGCCGCCACGGAGCACGAGCUGCCCAGGCAGCGCACCCCUUGUUCUCGACCACCUGACACCUGGCCCGACUCUACUGCCUCGUAGCUCCGCUCGUGCUGGCCCCACGCCCUCAUCGCUCGGCACCGGCAGGCCCGGUGCGACGUUGUCAGCGCCAGACAUGGCGCAGCCAGGGCCCUCCCUGCCUCUCCGGUCGUUUGGGCUGACUGGGCCGUCGCUGCCAGCCUCUGGCUGUUUGAGACUCGGCCUGUCCUUUCCUGCCCCAGACCUCGUGCAGCUGGGCCCUGCCGUGUUGGCACGGAGCUCGGCGCGGCCAGGCGCGACCCUGCCAGCGACAGACCCCGUGCAGAUAGGACUGUCGCCGCCACCCCGCAGCAUGGCGCGCCCCGGCCCCUUGGCGCCAGCCUUCGAUCUUCUCUGCCCUGGCCCCGCGCCGCCAGCCCGCAGCUCUGCGCGGUCGGGCGCGGCUUCCCCGUUGUUCGGCAUGUCGCGCUCGGGGUCGCUGCCGCCAGCUCCAGACCAUGCGCAAUUGGGGCCUUCGACGCUGACCCGCAGCCCCGCUCACACAGGCUCUCCGCCGCUUGCCCUGGACCUCCUCACGCUGGGCUCCCUGCCGCCAUCGCGCAGCUACUCGCGCCCGGGGCCGGCGGUGUCGCUACUGGGCCUGGCACGCCUUGGCUUCGUGUUCCCGCCGUCAGCCAUGGAGCACACGCACUUGGAGUCGGUCCUGCCUCUUCGCAGCUUCGCUCGCCCGGGACCCGCGCUGUCGGUGCUGGACUCCGUGCAGCCUGGCAGCUCAGCCUCGCUUCGGUCGUCCGCCCACGCUGGGUCGGCGCUGCCCGCUCUGGACCUCGUGCACACUGGCUCGUUGAUGCCUCCGAGGUCUCGCGCACGUCCUGGGCUGCCGGUGCCAACCACUGACUUCGUGAUGCCCGGACCUGCCUCGCCAGCGCGGAGCCCUGGGCGCUCAGGAUUGCCGAUAUCUCUCGUGGGCAUUUCGCGCCCUGGCCUGGUGCCGCCUGCGCCGGACCCCGCGGCGCCGGGGCCUGCUGUGCCACCGAGAAGCACUGCGCGCUCGGGCCUUUCGACGCCCGCGCUCGACCCCCUGAACUCGGGACCGCCGCUGCCUCUGCGCGCCCCGGCUCGCCCUGGCUCAACGGCCCCGCCCUCCGGCCUGGCACGCCCGGGCCCCGUGUCCCCGCUGCCGGCGACGGAGUCCACGCACCCAGGCCCGCCUCCGCCGCUCAGGUCCACGUCGCGCACAGGGGCUCCGACGCUGGCCCUGGACCUCCUGCACCCUGGGCCCUCGCCGCCCCCGCGCAGCGCCUCCCGACCCGGCGCGCCGCCGCCGCCCUCGGGCGUCUGCCGCCCAGGCCUGCCGCCUGCAGCCCCAGACCCCGUCCACCUGGGCCCGCCCCUGGCACUCCGCAGCCGUGCGCGCUCGGGGCCCGCGACGCCCGCGCCUGACCUCGUAGAGCCCGGCCCGCCGCCGCUGGUCCGCAGCCCUGCUCGCGCUGGCGCGUCUGCUUCGCCCCCCGGCGUGUGCCGACCUGGCUCCCCGCCGCCAGCCCCCGAUUCCCUGCACCCGGGGCCCUUGCCGCCGCCGCGGAGCUUUUCUCGCCCUGGCCCGGCCGCGCCCGCGACCGACCCCCUGCACCUGGGGCCCCCGCCGCCCCCUCGCAGCCCCUCGCGCUCUGGCCCCCCCUUGCCCACCUCCGGGCAGACUCGCCCCGGGCCGCCGCCGCCGGUGCUGGACAUGGUGGCCCCGGGGCCCGCUCCGCCGACCCGGCACCUCUGCAGAACGGGGCCAUCGACCUCGUUCCCGGACACGGUGAACACGGGCUCGCCGCCGCCUCCGCGGAGUUUCGGCUGUUCGGGACCUCCGCCGCCCUCGUCUGGCGUGUCGCGGACGGGCCCUCCCCCGCCAGCCCCAGACCUCGCCCUGCCCGGGCCAGCCGCGCCGCCGAGGAGCCUCGCGCGUCCUGGCCCUUCGGCGCUGGCGCUGGACCACCUGCGGCUGGGGGCGCCGCCGCCGCCGCGCAGCCACACGCGCCUGGGCUCCCCGCCGACCUCGUGUGGCGCGGCGCGGUCGGGUCCCUCGCCGCUGGUGCUGGAUUACGUUCAACUCGGCCCGCCGCCUUCGCCGCGGAGCCCCUCGCGGCCGAGCCCGCCGACCUCGGCGCCGGACGCGGUACACCUGGGCGCCCCGACGCCGCCGAAGGCCUCCUCGCGCACUGGCAGCAGCCCGCCUGCGCUGGACCUCCUGGGCCCAGGCCCUCCGCCGCUGCCUCGGGGACUCUGCCGCGCUGGGCCUGCGCCGCUGCUGUCUGGCACGGCCCGCCCGGGCCCGACGCCACUGGCGCUGGACCUCGCGGCGCCUGGCUCGCCUGCGCCGCCAAGGUCGCUGGCACGCCUGGGCGCGCCCGCGCCAGCGCCCGACCACCUCCACCCGGGCCCG